UGUAGUACUCCUGCCCAAACCCAAACAAAGGCAGCUAACCAUGGCCAGGUUUUCGGUCAUCGUGGCAAUAGUGUUCUUAUUUGUGAUAGCUCCUUUUGUCAGUAAUGCCACCAUAACUUGUGGUGAAGUGGUAGCUUGGCUCACUCCAUGCAUACCCUUUGGAGUGUUUGGAGGCACAGUGCCUCCAGAUUGCUGUAAAGGCAUAAAAGAGCUGAAUGCUGCACAAAACACGACGAUGGACCGGAGAAUUGCUUGCAGUUGCAUUCAGGAAGGAGCUGCAGCAAUCCCCGGGAUUAAUUAUGACCGGAUUAACACUCUUGGUGAUGUCUGUGGCUCUCCUUGUCCUUACAAAGUUUACCCCUCUACAAAUUGCUCUGCGGUAAGCUGAAUCCAUAGGAGGAUUGGAGAAUGGAGAAUAAAGCUUCCGAGAAGACUAUUCCUCGAAGCCAUAUAUCUAGACAGACCUCUUAGUUGUUUAAAUCACAAUGCUUUUGUGGAACUUAAUAAUUUGGAAGGGUCGAAUCGUUCUGUAUAAGGAUUGUACGUAAUCCAUUACCAUCUAUUAAUAAUAAAAUGAUCCCCUUUUAUACACAAAAUCAGUGCCGGCCCUGAGGGUGUGCAAGUAGUGCCACCGCAUAAAGCUCCCAAAGGCCUCGAUUUACGAUUUUACUUUUCUGUAUAUUUCAUAUAUAAAUUUAAACGUGCAAAGAUAUAAUCAA